AUGGAAUCUUUGACUGAAUAAAACAUUACAGAACAACGUGGAUAAAUUGAGACUGCUCUCUACAUUCUGAAAAUAACAAAAAGCAAACUGUAAGAUGAUCCAAUGAAAAGGCUUAAGAGUGUUCUCUUUAUCAUCCUGGCCAAAGUGACUAAGAACCUCAUGAUUGAGAUAUACUUUGAUGAAAGCAUCGAAAAUUGUCCACUAAAGCAGAUUGAUGUAUUAUUUCCUUAAGUGUUUUAGAACCAAAGUUAGCUUAUCCUCAACAAAAAUAUCCAGUUAUUAGUUUACAACGAGCAUGAUGAUCAUAUCAUUAAUCUACUUGAAUAAAGAUCAAAAUUGGAAGGUUUCCCUGAAUUGUAGAUUGAAAGAAUCUAGCAAAUACUUGAAUAGGUGAUGAAAGAGAAACAAUAGUUUGAAUUUUUGAGAGAAAACAUUUUGGAGGCAAUUUUAGAAUCGAAUGAUAAUUUGGAGUUCUUUAAGUAUGAAGCUGUAUGUCUUGGAGGAACCUUUGAUCACAUGCAUCUUGGUCAUAAGUUACUUCUCUCCAAAGCUUUAAUGUGCACGAAGAAAAGAAUUCUAGUAGGAGUUACGACUGAUGCCUUGCUAAAGAAGAAGGCCUAUGCAGAAUAUCUCGAAUCUUACGAGCAAAGAAAACAAAGUGUGAUUGACUUUUGUAAUAAGAUCAAUCCAAAGGUUGAAAUUGAUGCGUUUGAAUUAAGCGAUCCAGUUGGGAAAUCUGAGACUGAUGAAUAAAUUUAAGCUUGUAUACUAACCAGAGAAGUGGAAAAGGGAGGAGCAAUGAUAAAUGAGGCUAGAGCUAGCAGAGGUUUACCACCCCUUGAUCUGGUAUUUGUUGAUAUCAUUCUGGCAGAGGAGGAAAAAGAUAAUCAGAUCAAAUUCGGUAACAAAACUUCAUCAACUCAAAUAAGAUAAUAUCUAUCAUAAUAAAAACAAGUUAAUAGUGAUGAUUAAUGA